AUGCACGCCGCUCGGGGCAGCUGCUGUCGCAUUCGAAGAAUGGAUUCCUCUCGAGGACACCGUCUCCCUUCUCUCUGCGCGCCCCCUGUCUUCCUCUUCAUCCUCGCCGCCUCAAACCUCGUCACCUUCUUCGUCUUCUCCUCCACCUUCUCCUUCUCCUCCUCUGGCUGCUCCGCCUCCUCUUAUUUCACCUCCCCCCUCACCGCCGGAGCCGCCGCCGGCGACGGCGCCACAGUCACCGCGCAGGUGGAGAGAGCUUCUCCCGCCGCCGACCUCCCGCCGGAGUCCCUCGCCUUCACCGCCCCGCAGAGCUUCCCCUUCGGGCGCAACCCCAACUCCCAAUCCGACGUCCUCAUCGCCCCCGUGGGACACCCCUGUGAGCUCUUCCCCGCCGAGCUGAGCCGCUUCAUGACCUACCCGGUCAACGGGUCCUGCCCCGACGACGAGUUCGAAGCCCAGCGGCUCCUCCUUAAGGGCUGCGAGCCCCUCCCUCGCCGGCGGUGCCGCCCCGCCGCCCACGCUGACUUCGUGGAGCCGGCGGCGCUGCCGGAGAGCCUCUGGUUGACCCCGCCGGACUCCUCCGUCGUGUGGACAGCCUACACCUGCAAGAACUACGCCUGCCUCAUCGAACGGAAAAACCAGAAGGACUUCGACGACUGCAAGGACUGCUUCGAUCUGGAGGGAAGGGAGAAGAGCCGAUGGGUCGUCCCCUCCGACAACCCCCUUGACUUCUCCAUCGACGAGGUGCUGCGGCUGAAGCCCCCGGGAACGGUCCGCAUCGGGCUGGACAUCGGCGGCGGCUCGGGGACCUUCGCGGUGCGCAUGAAGGAGCGCAACGUCACGGUGGUCACGACCUCCAUGAACCUCAACGGGCCCUUCAACAGCUUCAUCGCCGCCAGAGGGGUCAUCCCUCUCUACCUGAGCAUCUCCCAGCGGCUGCCCAUCUUCGAUAACACGCUGGACGUGGUGCAUUCCAUGCACGUCAUCAGCAACUGGAUCCCUGAUACGCUCUUCCACUUCAUCUUCUUCGACAUCUACCGGGUUCUCCGACCAGGCGGAAUCUUCUGGCUGGAUCACUUCUUCUUCGUCGAGGAGCAGAUGGGCAAGUACGUCUCCAUGAUCGACAGCGUAGGGUUCCGCCGCCUCAAGUGGGUCGUCGGCCGGAAGCUCGAUCGGGGUCCCGAGCUCAAGGAGAUGUACAUCUCCGCCGUCCUGGAGAAGCCACUGAAGAACUCCUGGUGA